UUACUUGAGUGAGAAUCAGCUGAUCUGCCGUGGCUGGAUUCGUGAUUCAAUACUGCGGGAUUUGCUCCUUCUCUACUACGGCAUAUAUAUUUAUCAGUUGACAAUUUAACUGCAGAAACAGUGCAUAUAAUUAGCACAGUGCAUUUUUGAUACGUUUUAGCACCCUUGUACUUGAAUAUUAUCAAUCAAGAACCAUGGCGCUCAGCGAUGCAGACGUUCAGAAACAGAUCAAGCACAUGAUGGCCUUCAUUGAGCAGGAGGCCAAUGAGAAGGCAGAGGAAAUUGAUGCCAAGGCCGAGGAAGAGUUCAACAUUGAGAAGGGUCGUCUGGUGCAAACACAGCGUCUGAAGAUCAUGGAAUAUUACGAGAAGAAGGAGAAGCAGAUCGAGCAGCAGAAGAAAAUUCAAAUGUCUAACCUGAUGAAUCAGGCUCGACUGAAGGUGCUGAAGGCCCGCGAUGACAUGAUCUCAGAAAUGCUGAAUGAGGCUCGUACGCGGCUUGCCAACGUGGCUAAGGACCCCGCCAGGUACCCAGCACUGAUGGAAGGACUGAUUCUGCAGGGCUUUUACCAGCUUCUGGAGCCCAGGGUGACCAUUCGAUGCCGCAAGCAGGACCUGGCCUUGGUACAGGCAGCUAUUCAGAAGAACAUCCCCAUCUACAAGGCUGCAGUGAAGAACAACCUCGAGGUCCGUGUGGACCAAGACAACUUCCUCAGUCCAGACAUCUCUGGAGGAAUUGAGAUCUACAAUGGUGAUGGGAAGAUCAAAGUGUCGAACACCCUGGAAAGCAGGCUCGACCUUAUGGCCCAGCAGAUGAUGCCCGAGAUCAGGGUGGCUCUCUUUGGCGCCAACCAGAACAGGAAAUUCAUGGACUAAGGGAGGCGGAACUUCCCCCCUCAUCAGAACGCAACGAAUGACUGCAUAAACAAGGGGCGACGUCGUGUCCAGUAUUUUGGUGUUGUGGUGUUUCUGUUUUUCUUUAUUUGUUUUUUUUUAUUUUGGUUGUGUGAAUGGUGUCAUCUUCAUGUCUGUAUGAUGUAUAUACAAUGUGGAUGUUCCUCCCUAAAAUCAAACAGAAGAAAAGACCAAAUGUAUUUGUUAGUGCUGUGUCCACCAUUUUUAUUGUUGGGUCUUGUCUACUGGUUACUUGGUGGUUCCUUAAAAAAAAGUUUACACAAAACACCAGUUCCAGUGCACAGUGGCCACUCCACACAAGGAAAAAAAACACUCAACUCAACUGGUAGACUUCUGGGAAUGUUGGCUGGCUGCUGAAUCUUUAUCCGGACAUCUUACUGCAUCCAUUUUGCUUUUCUUUUUUCACAACUGCAGUGUUUGAAUUGUUAAAAAAAUUAAUGCAGUGGAACUGCAAACCCAUCUGGGUCCGUAAUGACAUCUACUUUCCAGUCAAAACAGGACUUGAAACUAAGGGGAGGCAUGGCAUAGGCAGUGACAAUGUAAACUAUAUUGCAAAGAGGAACUGAUUCUUUGUAGGUGGUUCCCAUACAGUGCAAGAACAGUACUGCCGGUAUUUGCGAUAGCAAAGCUUGUACAUUGUACAGAUGGUCAACCUCAAGCUACAGCAUAGAUCGCAGGGUUGGUUAUCAAGGUGUCAUUGACAAUUAGCUGAAAAGCACCACAGCCAUUUUCUUAGGUACAUUUUAAAGCGCUUCAACUGCAAAGUUAGCUGGAGUCUCUUGGUAAAACUGUACGAUUCUGUCACUCUCUGUAAAACAAAACAAGGUAUGUGCUAUGUCUCAGAAUUGUGUGUGCAUUCUUUAUGUAUUUAAGGCUGUGAUAUUGUUUUAUUUUUUUUUCUUGGUCUGAAUGCUUCUAAUUGGAAAGGAUAUAUUGAUGUUCAAAAUAUAUAUAUAUAAUGACAAGUAAUAAUAA